AGUCUGUCACCGUUCACUCGCUGUCAGAAUAUGGGAAGAAAACAAACUCGCAUCUGUGCAGACCAGCAGGCCUGCUCCCUGCUGAGGGCUGCUCUGCUCUCCAUCCUGCUGUGCGGCCCCCAACAUGUGCUGUCAGACUCGGACGAGGCGGCUUUGACUGAGUGGGAGGUCUGGAAAAGCAGCCACGGUAUAAGCUACGAUGAAUCGGACGACAUGCACAGGAGGGCCAUCUGGGAGGAGAACAAGCGUUUGAUUGAAGACAGUAAUCAAGGGUUUUUCAUGGGAAUCAGGCCUUUCUCUAUGGCCAUGAAUAAAUAUGGAGACCUCACAAAACAAGAAUACCAGAUUUUGCAAGGUGCCAACAUAAACGCCCAGUUCGUAAGGAGAGGAAGGGAAGUCUCAGCCUGGAGACUGCGUCACAAUGCAAAGAAGUUUGAUUCCUGGUUUGUCGACUACAGAAAAAUGGGUUAUGUCACUGAAGUUAAAGAUCAGGGUUACUGUGGCUCAUGCUGGGCCUUCAGCACUACAGGAGCUAUAGAAGGACAAAUAUACAAGAAGACAGGUCAGUUGGUAUCCCUGAGUGAGCAAAACCUAGUGGACUGCUCCAAACAGUACGGAACUUAUGGGUGCAGCGGUGCGUGGAUGGCCAAUGCCUACGACUAUGUGGUGAACAACGGGCUGCAGUCGACAAACACCUACCCAUACACCUCAGUGGUGAGACUCAGCCUGCUAGCCUGCCCAAGACUAAACGAUACUGUUCAGCCUGCAGUUUACAUUUAUUUCUCUCAACAGGACACCCAGCCCUGUUACUACGACAGCAGACUCGCAGUUGCUCACAUCAAAGACUACAGGUUCAUACCCAAAGGAGAUGAACAGGCGUUGGCUGAUGCUGUGGCAACUAUCGGGCCCAUCACAGUAGCCAUCGAUGCAGAUCAUUCCAGUUUCCUCUUCUACAGCUCAGGAAUAUACGACGAGCCCAACUGUAACCCGAAUAACCUGAGUCAUGCAGUGUUGCUGGUCGGCUAUGGUUCAGAAGACGGCCAAGACUACUGGAUCAUCAAAAACAGUUGGGGAUCCAGCUGGGGUGAAGGCGGUUAUAUGCGACUGAUCCGGGAUGGCAGAAACACCUGUGGCAUUGCCAGCUACGCCCUGUACCCUAUUCUGUGAUUGUGAUACGAUGCUACAGUGCUAAUGCCCUUCCACUGGACUGGAGCUCCAGAAAACAUUAGUCAGUGCUGAUGCAAGCCAUCUUUGUACUCCUAUCAUGCAUAUUUUAUCAACCUUUAUGACAGUAUAGCUAAAUGUUUGUGCAAAGAUUCACAUCAACCUUUGCCAGUGAAAACAUGGCUUCUCUCAGGGAUGUAGAACACACACAAGCCUGGGUGGCUCAAUAUUCAUAUAAUAUUAGCAUUUAAUUGGUUCGUCAAACUUGCCAAGUGCAGCUUAAAUAAGUUGGUAACAGCAGAAUAUUCAUGGACCCAGUAGUUCAACCACAUUAUGCAAACUAUUAUAUAGCACAUCUGACCAUGCAACAAUUUAUUAGCUACACUAUGUGUUUUGCAUUGAUAAAUUAACAAUUAACUAAGUACAAUAAAUCAGACAUUUAAAUGAGAUGCAAUUAUCCAUUUGCAAACUAAUGAUAAACAAACAUCAAGAACAAAAAGGCAAACAGGGUGAAGUAAGUUUUAAACCCAUUUUUGAUUUGAAUUCAUUUUGAUUGGGCAUAUUGAAUAAAAUCAGUGAAGUUUUGACAGAGGUAACAACACACCUCCAUAUACAAACUGCUCAAUUCAAUACACACCAAACAAGACAAAUGGGCAUAUUUUGUGUAACAAGUCUGUUCACCGAUUUUAGGACCUUUCUCCACUUUGCCUCGUUCUAAAGUUCAGGAUUUAGCUUUGUUUUGUAAAGGUCUGGUCACCUUCAUGGGAGAAUCCUAACAACUGCUGGCUUCACCCACCAGGACACUGUAAUUUGUGCAAAAUUUUCAAGUUAAGUCUGAUUAAUUUUGACAGUUAACCUUUACAAAGCUGACAAUUCUGACCUCUAAAGAAAUGGAAAGCUGGAGAGUCCAAAAUAGACAGCUGUGCCAACAAAUUCACUUUUAUCUAACCUCCUCUGUCAAAGUGUUUCACCAACAGUUUGCACCACCGUGAGCCAGUUUUCAAUUAGCAAAUGAACCUUUUCCCCUCUUUUGUAAAACUCUUUUGAAUGACACGAUGCUUUUUUUCAUAUCAAUAAUAUAAUUAAUAUUGUCUAGUUUGUAGAAUAGGGUCUAAUUAGACUGUUGUUUUUAUUAGAAUUGACAUCUCCUCUGUCUGUCCACUUGAUAACCAAAGUGUAGUUUUUGGCGACUGUUUUUUGUCCAGGUGUACAAUGUCUGGCAGAUGUUUGGAUUUGCAGCCAUGCUGAUUUUGUAAACUGUACCAAAUACAAUAAAUCAGUCAGCAUGUGGAUACUGAUUCAUGGAACCAUAUCAGUCACAGUUUUAUUUGUAAUUUUCAUGUUAUAUUGCCAGACUGCAAAAUAUUAGUCUUUUUGUUACAAUAGCAUUAUGUUAAUAUAACACAUAUACUUAUUAUUCUAUCACAUAUUGAAGAUAAAAAAUGGUCUUUUUUUGAAUUGUCAGUGCAAAUAAUCCUUUUACAUCUGUAUUUUAUUUUCUAUUGGAGAUUUUUGAUGCCUUUGUUAAUCAGCUGUAAUAAACUAUUUUUCAUCAGCUGA